AAUGGCCGUUGACCUCCAAAAGGUCUAAUAAAAAGGCUAACAAUCAGCAAUGAUGAGGAUUGAGGAACGCUCCGCUUACUUUCGACGAAUUUGGUGGACGUAAAGGUUGGGCACAUUCAAUCUGUGGGGGGAGAGGGAGAUUUAGAUCAAAAUGAGAGGAUUUUGCUAAGAAUGGCCGAAAAAAGGGAGAGAGAAAGAGCGUUUCUAGAGAAUGGAGGCAGAGUACUGGAGGUGCUGGUUGCGGCCUGCAAUGGCAAGCCUAUUCCCAUCCGCACCUUCUCCUAUAAAGAGCUUAGCCGAGCAACCAAUAGCUUUGAUCCUCGCCUUGUUGUAAACAAUGAAAAGUUGUAUAAUUGGUACAAGGGUUCCUUUGAUGACCGAACCAUUUUCAUCAAGGAAUAUAAAGAGGCCUUCGCAGUGCCGGACAUGGCCUUCGCCGACAUAGCUGUUUCUGCAAAGGCGAGCGCCCACAAGAAUGUUAUAAAGCUGGUUGGGUGCUGUCUCGAGACUCAAAUUCCCACUUUGGUGUAUGAAUCCGCCGAGAAUGGAACCCUCAGCAGUCGAAUUUUUGUCUCUGAUUCCCCAGGAGCUCAACAACAACCUCAGCCUAUGGCGUGGCAAAGCAGGUUAAAGAUUGCAAGGCAGAUUGCUCAUGCAAUUGCGUAUCUCCACACUGCAUUCUCCAGACCCAUUAUCCAUAGGCAUGUAAAACCGCGAAACAUCUUCUUAGACCAACACGAUGUUCCCAAAUUGUGUGAUUUUUCACUUUCUGUGACAGUCCCCGAGGGUGAAACUGAUGUAAAAGUUGAGCUACUGGAGUACACUAUUGGAUACGUUUGCCCAGUCUAUUUCGCUACAAGCAGGGUAACAGAGAAAACUGAUGUUUAUAGCUUUGGAAGAGUUUUAUUAGAUCUUUUAACUGGAAAAUAUUCCUGGCACCUACAUAAAGUUGAUGAUGAAGAUACGAACUUAAUAAAUUUCUUGAGAAACCAUGAUGUGAAUAAUAUUGUCGAUCCUGCAAUCUUAGCAGAGGAAGGAGGAGCCAACGUGAAGCAACAAUUGCAAGCCGUACUACAGCUUGCCAUCAUAAGCUUAGAUCAAGAUCCGGUAAAAAGGCCAACUAUGGUUCAUGUUACAAAAGAACUCAGGCGGAUCGAGAGGUUCGUCGUGUGAUUAUUUUCUCACGCAUGUGGUCCUUCUUCCAAGUUCCUCUGUAAUCCAUCAAUUAUCCGUUAUGGGUCAAUUUUAUGUAUUUUUGUUGUUGAUUAUAAGCUUGCUUGAAAUCUGAGUUGAGCUUCUUUGUAUCCUCAUUCUUAGUUCAAUCAAUCAAUAGCUGUGGGUUGAUUCUGUUU